AUGGCCGCUCCUGCGCCUGUGUGGACGUUCUAUAAGCAGGGUUCAUGGCUGGCCUAUGGUGCCCAUGAGACUGUGCAAAUUGAACUUGCAUUCCAGACUGGCAAGUCCAACAUAAACCUCGGCCCAUACUGGAUAGAUUUUAUGAGGAUGGAGCAGCACGACGGCAAGAACGCCAUGCUUAUCACCAAGGUCAAGCGCACGAUCCCUCCUGCUGCUCCGCCCCCCGCCCCAGCUCCCGCCCCGAGCCCAGCUCCUGCUCCGACCCCAGCAAAACGAACGCUCGACAAGGAAAAAGAUGAUGAAGCCGAAGAUGCCGAAGCGGAUAAGGAGGAAGAGGAAGAGAACGGCACAACAGAAACGAAACGUGCUGCUCGAGGCAAGGAGAAGCAACCGGCACGGAGGAGUGAUGAUGCUGGCGACGGUGAUGAAGCCUCCUCCGACGGCCAGGAAGCCGCGCAACCAGAGCCGGAGCCUCAAGCCUCACACGAGCAAGUGGAAGCCGAGGCAGACCCAACCACCACGGCGACCACCAGUGCUUCCACUACCUCUGCCUCACCGCCGGUCAAGAAGAAGAGGAGGUUCAACCUCAAGAAGCGGCCCUCGCCGGCUGCCGACACGUAG